AACGCAAGCGAUGGUGACAGCUCAAAGGGGGCGAGGCCCGAGAGGCGAAGGCAGGCUGGUGGAGGCGGGAUAUCCUGCCCUUCCUGCCAAAGUGGGGCCCCGGCGGACAGCGCCGCGAGCGUGGCCGCGAGCGGAGGCUUCCUCUACGUCUUCCGAUCUCCGAGCCGAGAUCUGAUCCCACUCUCGCCCGAUAGAAGGGGUAAAGGAGGUGGGGCGAGGUUAAAAAAGUUCUCUUCGGUCUUUGACGUGAUCUUUCCGCCAGACCUCGUUCGUUGGAUCUCUUUUACUCUUAGCACCGUGUGGAAGAAAGCGAGGACCUUUUCGGUUGUUGCUUCUGCCAUUUCGCCGUUAGUGUAGUUAGUUCCAUUCACAAGAGUGAUUUAGCUAAGUUGAAAAUCGCUCAGGAGAAAGAAAGUGGACAUGGGCAUAAAAGGAAAGUGGUUUAGUGCUGUCAAGAGGGCCUUCAUUCCGCAGUGUUGUCAAGGAGAUCCUAAGGAGAGUCUUGAUUAUUCCAAGGUUUCCGAUUCACUCCCUAUAAAAGAAGUGGAAACUACUGCUGUCGGUGCUGCUCAACUGUUGCUACCAGCACCUCUUCAGGAGGCUAAGCUGAUCGAGAAUGGAAAUGAACAGAAUAAGCAUGCCUACUCGGUGGCGCUCGCUAGUGCUGUUGCUGCAGAGGCUGCAGCUGUCGCAGCACAGGCUGCUGCAGAGGUUGUUCGCCUGGCCACUUCUGCAACUAGGCAUGCUGGUGAAUCAAGCGAAGUGAUUGCUGCCAUCAAGAUUCAGUCUGCCUACCGAGGUUACCAGGCAAGAAGAACAUUUAGAACUUUGCGGAGGCUUAAUAGGCUGAAGAGAGUGCUGGAUGGAAAUGCGGUCAAAUCUCAAACUACAAACACUUUGCAGUGCAUGCAAACAAUGGCAAGAGUGCAGGCACAGAUACAUUCAAGACGGGUCAGAAUGACAGAGGAAAACCAGGCUCUACAGAGGCAUCUACAGCGGAAACUUGAAAAAGAACUAGAGAAAGUAAAGAUUGCGGAUGAAUGGGAUGAUAGCCUUCAGCCCAAAGAGAAAAUUGAAGCUAAACUGCUGAAUAAACAGGAAGCCACUAUAAGAAGAGAAAGAGCUCUAGCUUAUGCAUUUUCACAUCAGUGGAGGAGCUCAUCCAGAUCCCUGACUCCAGUAUUCACCGACCCAAGCAAUACCGAAUGGGGAUGGAGCUGGCUGGGGCGCUGGAUGGCAGCGAGGCCAUGGGAGAAUCAAAGCACAAAGGAAGAUCAUGCCUCCGUAAAGAACACUAGCCGCAGUUUCAUUGUGCGCACAACAAAACACUGUGAUACUAGUUCAGAAUGCACUCCAUCAGCAUCUCAGAAGCGAAGUCGGCCUUCCGGUCUUCACUCACCCGCAACCCCACGCACCAGGACUUCAUCUGUUGUGAGCAGAAAGAAAUCAGAAAGCCCAAGAGGCCGCCGGUGCUCCAUCGAUGAUGAUUCGAGGAGCACGUUCAGCAUGCAAUCUGAGCGGCGAAGGAGGUACAGCAUUGGAGGAUCAUCAAUGGGCGAUGAUGAAAGCCUCAGCUCCUCAACUCUUCCUAGCUACAUGGCAUCUACGGAGGCAGCUAGAGCCAGGUCCCGACUCCACAGCCCAGUUUGUGAUAGCAUUCGAACACCUGAGAAGGGGUCAGCUUUCUCAGCAACCAAACGCCUCUCCUUUCCUUCAAUGGACAGAAGCAGUAUUCCAUCCGCCGCAAACCUUAGGCGCCUUUCAGGGCCCCCAAAGGUAGACAUUUCUCCAGCCAAGGUUGUAGCUCCGACUGGUAAAGAGCAAAUAUCAAAAAACUGAGUGUGCUUAGCUGAUCUAACAGCAGUUGAGAUGUCUUGGAUGAUGUAUUCUAGUAAGCUUAGCUACUAAUUUAAUUGAGUUGUUGAAUUGGCUUGUUAAUUAUGCGCUCUUCCCAUAUGUAUGAGAAUGAUUGUUCAAAUGGGAAUCUGAGCUGAUGGUGUGCCUAAAUUUGUUGUGAAACGUUUAUGACGUGUUUGGUGUUUAUC